AUGGUCGCGGCAGACAGACGACGAACUUUCAUCAUCGCGACGGCUCACAACUUUUUCGGAGUUAAUGCCGCGCCGCAGGAUGAACUCGAGAGGGACGAGGAGUUUUUGCUGGAAAAGUUUCUGGAUCAGGCCAAGUGUCGGACGCUUUGCGCCGUUCCCCUCUCGUCUACGGGGUACUCGAAGCCGAGAGUCAAAUUGACGAAUGAACUGUCGCUCGGCGAGAAUACUUUGGUCUUCUUUAAAAUAUCCGAGACGACGGUGACCGAGGACAACUUCCACGAUGUCGUUCAGGUCACGUCGAUCAGCAAACGCAGCAGCGCAACGUCGCUCGCCGAGGCCCUUCGACAAGUCUGGACACCGGCACUGCACGACGUCGGCUUCGACUCGCUUCUGCUCAAAAAGCUCGAGAACGAGCUCCUGGGGCCCAAGGCCACCUCGAGCCUCGUCGAGGAGGAAGCCUACAUGCGCGACAGCUCCAUGUCGGCCAGGAGCUCGGAGGAGAAGAAGCUGCGCGAACGAGCCGUCGCUUAUCUGAAGAACAUCAGGCGCGAGAUGGAAAGCGCCGCGGUGGCGAGGGAAGGCAUGGUGAUGAUCGAGGAGAUACUCGACUCGAUAUCCGGAAACUUGGACGAUCUGUGGAAGCUGAAGGGGCCGGUUUACUCCGAGGAGCGCAUGCAGUCCUUGCUCGAGAUAAUCGGCGGCGAGAUCACUCUGCUGAUCAAAGCGUUCAUAGGCAAAAUCGAGUCGGACAACCGAGCAAAGGACGAAGCAAUAAACCUCGGAGCAGCGAUAUGCGAAAAAUGGGUCGAGAUGUCGGUGCGUCUAACGAGGCUAUUCUGGCCUCAUCAUUCUCUUCACCCUUGGAAAGGCAAACCCUACAAGCCCGAAAAAUCCACGAAAUUCGAAACGCGACUGAGAGAAAUAUCGGAAAUCCGAGCGCAGAACCGCCAGCUAACAAGGCUCCUCACGACAAACGAGCGGGCGAACCUCGGCACGGACGCUCUCUUUAAGAGCUUCGACAACGUCGAAGAGCUGCUGGACGAGAGCAACGAAGUCGAGUGGAAUCGAUUGCGGGACAAGCUGCAGAGCAGCCUGGCCCCGGCGGAAGAACGCGUGGCCGCGAAGCUCAAGGCCCAGAUCACCGGGGCGAAGACGCCACUCGCUCUGGAGACGGAAUUUCGCCGAUACAGCGAGCUCAUGAAGAGGGACACCAUCAAGGCCAGGCUCAGAGCCGAACGACAAUCGCUGCUCGCCGCCUACUCCGAUCUCAUCGACUCCUGCCAGAACGGACCGGACACCAACGAGCUGCUGGACACCCCGGAGAUCCUGCAGAGCGUGCAGACGGCCCGGGUGUCGGAGCUGAGGCUCGAGAGCUUGCAGAAGUUGGCCAAGCAGUUGCUCGACGACUUGCCGGGCUACGAGGAAACUUCGGCCAAACUCGUCAACGCCAUUGACGAGGCCGAGAAACUGCGACAGGAGCUCACCGAGACCUGGGUGAACGACACUCGGGAAUCGGUGUUGAGCAACGACCUGAGUCUCGGCAAGGACAGCUCGGUCGUGGAGAUCACCAACGCGAAGAUGAUGCGCGUGAACUUCGACCCUCGACUAACGACUCUGAUCCGCGAAGCUCGCGGUCUGGCGGGCCAGGGCGUGGAGCUGCCCCGCGAGGUCAAGGACCUGGUGGAACGCGCUUCGGCGCUCACCGGCCGAGCUCGGGCUCUCGAGCAGAUAGCCAACUUCCACAACACCAUCGGCGAUCGCAUGAUACCCUCGCAGAGGCCUCUCAUGCUGGCCACGGCCCUCGAGCUGGCCGGCGCGGUCAGGGAGCAGUCCGGGGUCGCCUGGUCCGACCCGAGAGCCGUGGAUGUUUUCACCAACAGGCUGAGGGAGCUGGUGAAGAAGUUCGCGAGGCAGAACUCCGAGCUUGCGGCGAAGCACGCUGCUCUGAGGGAUCUGGUGUGCAGCCUACUGAAAGGGGACGCCAUCAACCUGGUGGCCAAUCAGAACACCUGGAAGGACACGCUGAGAAGCAUGCGGGACAUCGUCGGCUCGGUCGAGGCCGCUUACGGGAACACCAAGGUCUGGAAGCUUCACUGGGACCGCCAGCUGCUGAAAGCUCUCGGGAUCGCCUACAGAGCCGCUCUGCCUCAGCUGCUGAAAAAGCUGCCCGAGAUCCGUGUCGAGCUGACCUUCCGAGACGAGUCGCUCCAGUGGCGGCCGUCGCUCGAGGACAUCCGUAUGAAGCUCUACUCGGGUAUCCGGCGUUUCCUCGCUAUUCCGACGAAUUUCCGCGGAGUCGGCGAUCAGGUUGACGGCCACUUCCAGACACUCAUACCCCGGAGCGCCUAUUUGUUCGGCGCCCUCUACAAGGAGGCGGAAAUUUUGCUUAACGCGCUCGAAAGCCUGCGCGUCAAGUGGCUGCCUCUUGUUGCGCCCGCGAAAAUCGAUAUCGGCGAAACAUUAAAGGGGAAGCAGCCGCAGGACUGGGAGAAAGCUUUUAAAGACGCAAAGCAGUGGGCGCAAGAGGUUGGCAAAUUGCGAGCGAACGAGGUCAAGAUAUCGUGCAUAGUCGUCGAUACCGGGACCAUUAGAAACGACCUGGAAUCUCUUUCUCGAAGGUACUGGGAGCGACUGGCCCUGGACCUGCGAUCAGAGGCAUCCUCCCGACUAGUCUCCAUCGUCGACUUCCUCUUCUCCGCGUCGAAGAAAUUAUCCCACCGAGCCCGCACGAUCGAGGAAAUCGGAGAAGCUUACGAAGCCUACUCUCACAUCCAGACGCAGUCGGACGAAAUCGCCAAGGAGCUGGAAGACGUCUCCGGGCUGGGUCGAAUCCUGGCCGCCUGGACGAGAGAAAAGCUCGACGGCCUGAGCAACGCGCACACGGCAUGGGACAGCCUGAAGGAGCGGCUGGACAACUACCACGGAGUGAUGCUCCACCAGCUGGAAGAGGCCAAGCUGAACCUCCGCCAUCAAGUCCUCGCCGUCCACGACGAGCAGGAGCGCUGGAACGCGAAGUGGAGCACCAGACCGGAGGUCAUCACCAGAGACUGGAUUGAACUGAUGCGCGAGAAGUGGACCAACCUGACCGAGCAACGCGACACUCUCGUCAGCGACUGCAAGCGGCUGAACCUGCCCGUAGAUGAGAUCUUCGAGAGCGACGAACGGAUGAUCGCCCAGAUCGAGGCUGAGCUCGAGGCCGAGGAGCUCAACUCCAAGUUCCAGAACGAGUUCAUCGAGGAGCUUCAGAGACACGAGGAGGAGGAGUGGUCCGUCGCCAGACGCCGACUUCACAAGCUUCACGACUGGCUCGACUCCUGGGAGAGCCGGAUCCAACUGCAGUCCAGGAGCCAGCUCGAGGAUCAGCCCUCGCUGCAGGCGAACUCCUUCAUAGGCCGUAAGAUAGCCGAGCUCAGAGAGGCCGUCGAUUGCGCGCAGUUGCUCAGGGGCGACGAGCUCGCCGAGGAGCACUGGAACGAGCUCAAGGAGAUCAUCGAGCUCACCAGGAUCAAGCGCAUGAACGAGAUCACCCUGGGCCAUCUGCUGCAGAAGGCAGGGCUGAUCAAAGCCAACGCUGAGCGAAUCAAGGACGUGACGAAACGAGCCGCAGCCGAGAGCGGAAUCCGUCAAGCCAUCACGGAACUGGAGGCUUGGGAGAGCUACACGUCGCUUCCUCUGCAAGAGUCCAGGGACAGCAAAAACGAGGGGGUCUACAUCAUCGGCGAUUACAGCACGCUCCUGGCCAGGGCAGGGGAGCUGAGGCUGAUUCUGGAAGGCGCAAAGGGCGCGGCGGGAUACGAGAGAUUCGCUUCGAGGGCCGCGCGCUGCGAGGCUUCUCUCUACGAGCUGGAAGAGCGCAUCAAAGUACUGAGCGUAGUUCAAAGAAAAUGGAUUUACCUAGACCCCGUCUACGGCAGCGGAGCCGCGCCGAGUGACUCCGGGAGGUGGGCUCGAGCCGAUAAGGAGUUUAGGUACUUCAUGGGAGAGAUAGCGAGGGAUCCGAAAAUUCCGUCUUUGAAGAAUCUGCCCUUCCACGCUCUGGCCAAUCUCAAGGACCUGAUGGACAGGUGCCAGAGGAGCUUGGACGACUUUUUGGAGGAAAAAAGAUCGGCCUAUCCGAGACUGUACUUUUUGAGCGACGAAGACCUCCUCGAAUUGGUAUCCGGCAAAGGCAAAGGUCUGGAUGUCCACUUGUCGAAGCUCUACCAAGGCGUCGGCUCGGUGGAGAAGGAGAACGGCUACAUCACGAGCGUCGUAUCUCCGGAAGGGGAGAGACUAAAGCUCUCCGAGAGGGUAAGCCUCUCGGAGAGCUUUCCCAGAUGGCUGCUGACGCUGGAAGAGGGUAUACGAAACGCCCUACAGCAGAGUCUGAAUACAUGCUUACUGGAGCAAACGCCCGAUAUUGCCGCUUACCCCACGCAAAUACUCCUAUUGUGCGAGCGGAUACGCUUCACGGAAAAGUGCGAGAUGGCCAUCGACGACGACGCGGUGGGUCUGAAAAACUUGCUGAAAUUCCUCGAGAAUCAGCGGACGCGGUACGGGGGCUUGGAGGAUCCGGACGACGCGCUGAAAUCGUUGAAGGCGAAGAAUCUCCUGCUCGAGACGGUGCACCACCUGCACAUAGUCAGAAAUCUGUUGGACGUCGUCACCGAGAAGGAGAAGCUCGCGUGGAACUGGAGCCGUCAGCUCAGGACUUACAAAAGCGUGAAUAAUUUUUUAAUAUCGCAGCCAUCGUACACCGAAUGAAUAUUCAGCGCUGAAAUGACACUUAUCGAUUUCCAGGGUGGCGGCGCCAUUAUACGCUGCGCGAAAGCCGAAUUUCCAUAUCGCUUCGAAUAUCAAGGAGCCGCGGUCGGCCUGGUUAGAACAGCGCUGACGGAAAAGUGCUAUCUCGCGCUGACCCAAGCAAUGAAACUGGGACUGGGAGGCAGUCCGACCGGGCCAGCUGGUACCGGAAAAACCGAGAGCGUCAAAGCGCUGGGAAGUAUCCUCGGCCGUCGCGUCCUCGUGUUCAACUGCGACGAGGGUAUGGACUCCGGCAGUAUGCGUCGAAUAUUGAGCGGCUUGGCGCAGGCAGGAGCCUGGGGCUGUUUCGACGAAUUCAAUCGUCUGGAGGAAGGUACCAUGAGCGCGGUAGCUAUGCUGAUCAGGCCGCUACAAGAGGCUGUUCGAGACGGCGCCUCUAAGGCGAAUUUGGGCGGAUUAGAAAUACCGGUUGAUCCGCACUGUUGCCUCUUCAUCACGAUGAAUCCUGCAGGGGACGAUUACGGCGGGCGUCGAAAAUUGCCGGAUUCGCUGGCGAGACUGUUCAGGCCCAUCGGGAUGGCGCAUCCCAACAAAGCGAAUAUCGUGAAAUCCCUGCUCGAGUGCGCUGGAUUCACGAACGCCUCCACGCUGGCCGAUCAGCUGGUCGAGACGUUCGAAACCGCGGAAAAAUUGCUAUCCAAGCAGCCGCACUACGAUUGGGGCUUGAGAGCGCUCAGAUCGGCUCUGAGCGCGAUUCCGGCGGCGAGCGACGAGAUUAAUGAAAAUACGAGAAUGUUAGCCGCCAUACAGAGCUCCACCAUGCCCAAGUUGAUCGACAAAGACGCGAGCAAGUUUUUGACUCUGCUAAACGACAUAUUCCCCAGCGCCAGCUCUGCGUCGUCCGGCGUUGUCAUCAAGGAGAAGGAAAACUUGCAAUCGAUACUAUCCGAAUUCUGCGAAUCGCAAGGCCUGCACGACAGUUUAAUCAACAGAUGCGUUCAGUUACACGAUCAGUUGCAAACAAGGAGCGGCGCAGCUAUUGUGGGACCUCCUGGAAGCGGGAAAUCGUUAAUUAUUCGAAGCUUAGCCGAAGCCUUGUCACGAACAGGAGAGUCCGUCAAAUUAUUCAGUAUAUAUCCCGGAGCAAUUUCCAAAUCAAAGCUAUUGGGCUCCGUUGAUCCACAGACGCGAGAAUUCAAGGAGGGCUUGCUGUCCAGCGCCAUUUCCAAUUGCGGUAGUCAACCCUUGUGGAUUAUCCUCAACGGAGACGUAGAGCCAGAAUGGGCGGAAGCUUUGAAUUCUGCUUUGGACGAUAAUCGCAUUCUGACGCUGCCCAACGGCGUCGGAAUUAAAUUGGGUUAUGAAACGAGGUUUAUCUUCGAGUCGCACAAAUUGUCCGGAGCGAGUCCAGCGACGGUUUCUCGACUGGGCAUCGUCUAUCUUGGAACCGUCUCAGCCGCGACUCUUCUGAAAGCUCCGCUGAUGAAAGAUCUGCCAUCGGUGGCGUCGAACAUCGUCGCGUCGCACCUCUGCUCUCUGAUAGAUCAAGUUCUGAAAGUGAAGAAGGAGCAGAAAUCGGCGUCGGGUCUACUGCACUCGGCACUUGUGCACUUCAGAAACGCUCAUACUCAAGCCAGCUGCACUUAUGCCCUGUUGAAUUCGAUGUGCGGCCAGAUAGAAGACGCCACUUCUAGGGAAGAUUUGGCUCGAUCUAUCUACCAACUUACGGGCAUCUACUGUCCUGAUUCUGGCGCGCCUUACGAUGUACUGUAUAACAAACAAAAGGAUGCCUUGGAUCAGUUCACCAUCGACGCGAGAACGAUUGAAACCGAGGACGGAUCCGUUUACCUUUCAGGAUCGAUGCAGAGGGGCAUCAACGCAAGUUCACCGUGGAUAAUGUCGGGACAAGCGGUUAUCUUCCGCGGGCCGACUGGCUGUGGAAAGAACGCCAUGCUGUCGGCGAUUUUAACCCUGGUGAAAAACGAGUCGGACGAAUCCUUCAUGAUAGUCAAAGCCUCGUCCUUGUACGGAUCCAAAGACUUGAUUACGAGAUUGAAACGCUCUUGCAUCAAGUUGGAUUCGUCGGCUGGAGGCAGAACUUACAAACCGAAAAAUGGCUCGAAACUGAUACUCGUGGUGGAAGACUUGCACCUUGCUUCGAAGAGCUUGCAGGAACUGAUUCGUCAGUUGAUUCAGGAAGGUGGAUUCUACGAGGACGACUUGGAAUUCGCCAAAAUUCCGCUGACAAUUGUGUCGACGGGAGAUUCCUCGACAAAAUUGCAUCCGAGAUUGGACUCGCUGUUGGCGUCGCAUUACGUGCCGAGCCUGAAAGCGAAGGAGUUGGACUCGAUAGUGGAGCUGCAUCUCCGAGAAUCCUUGAAGAGCGAUGAGAUAAUGAUCAAAGCGUGGAUCACGAAAAUGUCGCCAACGAUCGUCGAAGCUUUCAACGAGAUCACCGCGGACAAAACGAGCGUCAAGUGGACACCGAGAGACUUGAUGAUGUGGAUCGAUUCGCUAAAGUACUAUCCCAAGCCCGAAAACGAAGCGCAGAUCACGAGUUACCUCAUCGACGCGUCUCGUCGACUUUUCAGACCGAAGCUGUUACUGAAGCAACAGAGGCGCCUGGAAUCAACCGUAUACGCCCGCAGUUCAGCAGCUCCCACGACAGGGGACAACGUCUACGUGUGGAACCGAACCAACUCUGGCUUGGCUCUCCUCUCCGAGUCGCACUGGAAGAGCGAGCUCGAGAACGCGGUGACCAAAUGCAUUCGCGAAGGCGACACCAUGUCGACCACCAUCUCUUCCUAUUUACUGGAAAUCAGCGCCGGUAUAAGCUGGGGCCUCGGCUGCGAGCAAAGGGGCAUUCUGCUGACGGGACGACCUGGUGCUGGGCGAAAAUCAGCGACGAAGAUCGUGUCCGUCAUCUCGUCGCUGAGGCUCGUCGAUUCUGGACCUGGCAAAGGAAAGUCGGCUGUGAAGGCAGCAGUACAGGCAGCGGGUAUCGACGGCGAGCCGACGAUUUUGCUUCUGGAGGAGCAUCAUCUGCGCGAGGAAGGUGUCGCCGUUCUGGCCAGUGCGAUAAUUUUCAACGGCGAACUGCCGGGACUCUACACGACCGAAGAACUCGACGGUCUGGUCGCGCCUCUCGCCGAUCUAGCGGCCAGAGAGGAAUUCUCGGGCAAUUUGGAGCAGUACCUCUACCACCGUUUGCGAAAGCACCUGAAGGUCGGCCUGAUAGUCGACGUGAACGACCUGCGGGAGCCCUGGCUGUCCCGCUCGAAUCUCCUGCGCCACUGCGUGCAGACCACGGGCCAGAGUCUGGGCAGCGAGUGGUGGCUGAUGGAAGGGCCGCUAACCGAAUUAGCGAGCCUCUACCGUGACCCAUCCAAAGACGUGGACGAGGAGUUUUCCGGCGUGAAGGAAGUCAUCCAGGCCCACCUGAACGCCUCCUCGUCCCAGCAAGCGCCGGCUCGUUUCCUGGCCCUCCUGCACAAGUGGAAAGAGCUGAGGGAGCAGUGGCUAGAGGAGAUCCUGUCGAAGCUGAAGAACCUCAACGCGGGUAUCGAGCGCUUGAAAGAGGCCGGCGACAGGGUGGCCAAACUCGAGGAGGACGUGACCAAACAGCGCAGAGAGCUCGAGGUGGAGAGAGGCCGGGCCAACGCAGCGCUGGAGCAGAUAACCGCGACCAUGCGGGGAGCCACGGGACAAAGAGGCGAGAUGGCGGCUUUGAAAACCGAGACCGAGCGCGAGAGUGCUGAGCUGGCGCGCAGGAAGGCCGACAUCGAGGGCGAGCUCGGCAAAGUCGAGCCGCUCGUCGAGCAAGCUUCCCAAGCCGUGGCGGGAAUAAGCUCCGACGCGCUUUCGGAGGUGAGGUCUCUGCGGGCACCCCCGGCUCCGGUGCGGGACGUGCUGGAGGGCGUGCUGAGACUGAUGGGCAUCAGGGACACCUCCUGGAACAGCAUGAAGACCUUCCUGGCCAAGAGGGGCAUCAAGGAGGAGAUCCGGAACUGGGACGCCAGGAGGAGCACCGCCGCCAGUCUCGAGGCCGUGUCCAAGCUGGUGAAGGAGAGGCCCGAGAGCUUCGAGGAGAAGACGGCCAAGAGGGCUUCCGUCGCCGCGGCGCCUCUGGCCGCUUGGGUCCUGGCGAACCUGCAGUACGGCCAGAUCUUGCAACAGGUGGCACCGCUGGAACGGGAGCAGCGCGUCCUCGCCGACCGACUGGCAGCAGCGGAGGCGCAGAUCGGCAAGCUCGAGUCGGGCUUGAAUAGCGUGGAGAGUAAGGUGGCUCAGCUGCAAGAGGAGCUUGCGGCUCACUCGCGAGGCGCCGCGGAGCUGCAAUUACGCACCGAGGCGACGGAGUCCAGUCUCGCGACGGCUCGGGCUUUGUUGGGGAAACUCGACGCCGAGCACGCUGACUGGCAAACUCAGUCCCAGACGCUCAGCAUGAGGAAGAAUAGGAUCGGCAUCGAGGCUGCCAACGCUGCUGCUUUGCUCAUUUAUCAGAACCCUCCGAAGAACGACGAGAAGCGCAAGCAGGUGGUCGACCUCCUGAUAAGCGAACGCGACAGACUUCAGUGGCGAGGCCAGGGUCUGCCCGUCGACACGGAGAGCUUCGUCGGGGCGGCUCGUUCGGUUCGCGGCAAUCUGGUCCCGCUGUUCCUGGACCCCUCGGGUGUGGCCGUCAACUGGCUCAGAGCUCACGUAGGAGAGACUCGCCUGGAGACGACCAGACCCGGCGACUCCAGAUUCCUGACCAGCGUCGAGCUUGCGGUGAGAUUCGGCAAGCCGUUGCUCGUCGAGGAGAUCGUCCAGCUCCCGGCGAUUCUGCUGCCGCUGCUCAGGAAGAGGCCGCUGAGAAUCGGUGAUCGCAGUCUGCCCGCACAGCUGGGCUUUCAACUGUUCUUGGCCACGAGGCAGGAGAGUCUUGCCGAAGAGCUGCCCAGUGAAGCCGACGCUACGCUCGUCAAGAUCAGCCUUGGAUCUGGAAGCAGGAGCUUGGCCGAGCGGUUGGUCGAGAAGGCAAUCCUGCAAGAAACACCCGAAGUAGAGGUCCGUCGCCGGGAAGCUCUGGAGCGCGAGGAGAAGCUCUCCGGCGAGAUAGAAUCAGCGCGGCUGGACCUCCUGGUCCAGCUGGGCGCGGCUCGAGGUCAGGACAUCCUCCAAGAAGCCCAGAGUCAGCAGGGUGGUGGUCUCCUGGCUACCCUCGAGCUCACACAGUCCAAGGCCAAGGAGAUAGCUCGAGCUUUGGAGGAGAGUCGGCGCGACCUGGAGGACAUCAACAAGCGCAGCAAGGAACACGAGAGACUGGCCAAGUUCACGGCGAUACUUUACAAGUUCGUCAGAUCCUUCGCAGCCCUGAGCUCGCUCUACGUCUUCACCGCCGAGGCCAUCACCGAGAUGUUCCUAGAGGCGGAGAAACUGAGAAACGGCGUUCACUCCGCGUCGAGGGACGAGCGCGAGAAAAUCCUGGAAAAAUCGGUAAUAACGUUAACCCUUCACCACUGCACAAAGGCAGUCUACAGGAAGCACCGACUCCCAUUGGCCCUGCAUCUGGCGAUGUCUUUGAGCUCGGUGCCGGAGGAGCAGCGCGGGCUUUUGUUAUCCGGUGAAAGUGCAUACAUUAGCGGCAAUUCGGACUUGGACGCGCCGAGCUACGUGCCAGCCGAGCAAAAGUCAGCCGUCAGGGCUUUGAUCAGCGCUAUGCCGGGGAUGGUGCAGAAGCUGAAGCAGAGCUGGGUUAGCAACAUCGUGAGUAUCUACGCGGAGGAGAGCAUGAGCCACUUCGAGAAGAUCCUGGUGAUACAGGCGUUGCAUCCGGAACACUUGCACACGGCUCUCUCCAAGUGGGCGGCUCAGCAGUUGGGAGUGAAAAAUCUCACGCCGCCGUCCUGGACGCUGAAGCAAAUCGCGGAGGAGAACGAAAAACGGCCGGUGUUACUGCUGCUGUCGCCUGGUGCCGAUCCAGAGCCCGAACUCAGCGGUUUGGUAGCGAAUCAAAUGGUCACGGCUACAGGCUUCAACGAGGUUUCCCUUGGACAGGGACACGUGGCCCAGGCUGAAGCCGCGCUGGAAACCGCCUGCAAGCAGGGUAGCUGGCUCUUGUUGAGCAACCUUCAGCUGGCUCUGAACUGGCUGCCUCGGCUCGAGACUAUCCUACGUUCGCCCAGUUGCACCACCAACAGGAAUCCCAACACCAGAAUCUGGAUGACCACCGAGGAAUGUUCCGGGUUCUACACUGGGCUGUCGGGGUUGUGCCUGAAACUGGCGUACGAGCCACCGGAAGGCGUGAAGCGCAACGUAAAGAGAUCCCUGCAGCAACUGCAGCAGAGACAACCGGCGAUACCCGAUCCUUGCAAAUCGCUUCUCAUCUCUUGGCUGCACGCGAUACUCCAGGAGAGGAGAAAGUUCGUGCCUCAAGGCUGGAUCAAAGCUUACUCCUGGAGCGAAGCCGACCUGGAGGCAGCUUGCGAACUGGUCGUGAGACGUAACCCUCGGGACAGUCUGAAAAAGACCGAGGACUGGGAAGCCGAUCGAGGUAUCCUCGACGUCGCGGUUUACGGGGGUCUGUUGCAGGACGAGUACGACAUGCGUAUGCUCCGGGCCAUCCUGCGGCAAGUUUGGUCCAAGGACACUUACACCGGGAGACGAAAGCUCGGAGGGGCUGUCAGCGUACCAAAAGCCAACUCCGAGAAUCCGAUUUACAUGAUCGAUCGGCUAGACGACGCCGACUCGUUGCAGGUGUACUUUGGACUACCUGCCAACGCUCACAGGGCUUGGGAGAAGUCGGCGGCUGAACUGACGCUGAGAUAUCUCAAUGAUAUUCUGAGGAAGAACGCGAAGGUCAGGAAGGACAAUGCUGAUGGUAAGAUGUCGUCGUCGGUUUUGAAGAUCGUCAAGGACCUGAAACUCAUCAUCGACCAGCAGAGAAUAGACGAUCCGAGAAGUGGAAAGAAAGAGAAUCGCGAAUCCAGGGAUGAUCCGUUGAAGCGAUUCUUCGUCGAUGAAGUGACCACCACGAGACAGUUGCUGCGACUCGUCCGCUACGACUUGGACAGUCUUCGAUCUGCGGAUGACUUGAAGACUCCUGCCAAGUGGAUAUCCGAGUGGCAAUCCGGCCCACGAGAGAUUCUGCCCUUCGUGAAUCGUCUGAUCGCGAGGUACCAAUCGUUGGCCUCUCUCAGUGGUCUGCCAAACAAAGUGGAGCUUUGCUGGUUCGCCAGACCCGAUGCCUUCCUCUCGGCUCUUAAACAGUACACUGCUCGAGAAUCCGGUCGACCCUUUGAAAAUCUGCGCCUGAGAACCAAAUGGACCGAGGAUUCCGACAGCAGAGAUGGAGGAUGGAAAACUGCCGUCUACGUCGAAGGCCUUCUUCUGACAGGGGCCAGAAUCGAGAACGGCAUCUUGGAAGAGGUAACAGCCAACGCGAGCUCGGUCGUGACAGCGCCGCCUUGUCUCAUAGCCUUCGUCGAUGACACGGCAAACAAUCCAAGUGGCGAGGAACAAGCCGGUACCGAGUGGAGAAACGCCGACAUGGAGCUGACUAGUGACCACUGCGCACUGCAAGUGCCCGUUUACACCGAUUCCUUCAGAAGCCAUCUCAUUUGCUCGCUACCGGUACCAUACGUCAAGGAGCAGAGGGACGUCUGGCACCAGCGCGGCAUCAGCUUUCACCUGCGCUCUAAUUAGAUUACUUGUUUGCACUGAUUUAUCAUGACAAUGUUUUAUACCACUUCUAGUCUCUCAUGCUGUACAAAGUGUAAUAUGAUCAGAACGCGCCAGGGUUGUAACAAAACAAAGAGGAAUGUGCUGUAGUAAAGUGCUUUAUUUUCAUAAAAUUUAAUAAACACUAGAAGUAAA